UACAGACUGUAGUGUAGUAACUAAGAAACAGAAAGAGAAAGAAUACUCCAUCUCCUUGCCGUUGCCUUGCUCUUGUUGCUCCCGGUCGGAACAGGAUCAUCACCAACUCUUUGAAUGGCGGAGGCUACUACCUGCUCCACGUCGCCAGCAGAGCCUCCUGCUGUGCUCUCUCUGCAGAACGGUUUUGCCCCCGGCGCACGCAAGCCACCCGCUUCAGGAUGGAAAUAUUUCCCUGCUGGACCGAUUGUCGGCUUCUUCGCCGUCAUUCUGGGGAUCUUUGGAAAUCUCUUUCUGAUGGGUCCGUUCAAACUUUUCAGCAGUGUAGAAUGCUGCCAAAGAGGUCGCGGCUCAGGCGCUUUCGACGUUCUAUGCAGAUGCGGAAAGUCUUGGUGGAUGGGCACGAUUGCCUGCUUGAUCAAAGACCUGAUGCGGGUCGAUAUCCGCGUCUAUAACGCACAAAUCCUGACGAAAAUCCCAUCGGACUGGAACAUUCUGCUGUUCGCGAACCACCCAUGCGAAUUGGAUUGGUGCUUUUUGUGGCUCGUCUUGGCCGCAACCGGUAGAUUGCGAAGCUUGAAGAUCAUUCUCAAAGACAUUUCCAGUUUGCCGAUAUUUGGAUGGGCAUGCUACUACUUUCGGUUCAUCUUCUUGUGCAGGAACAACCGAGCAGAGGAUAUGAAGACGAUUGCGAAAAGUACUGACUCAUGCUGGUUAUUUGCUGGAGUUUGUGAAUGUCUAAGACUAGGGCUACGGGUGUGGUCACACCCUGUGUUACAUCAGAUUAGUACAAGAAGUGACUUGUCAACAUUUUUUCACAAAAAUCUAGAUCUUUUUCUUCAUGGUGUAGUUCUCCUCAUCUUCAGACCUCAAAGGCGAAGACCGCGUCGGCUUGCCAACCACCUUGCUCAUCUUCCCGGAAGGCACAGACCUCGAAACCGGGUUAGCUAAGUCCCAAAAGUGGGCUCAGCAAAACGAGCGACCUGUCUGGUACAACGUCCUCACACCUCGCGUCACUGGCUUCAAAGAGUGUGUGGCUAUUAUGCGAGACCUGCCAAGGAAGUUCGCGAUUGUGGACUGCACGAUCGCAUAUGAGGGCUAUCGGCAGUUGCUGACGCCUUUAGAUACCUUCGGGAAAAACGAUUGCCCUACGAGGUUGCACAUAGACUGCCAAAGGCUGUUCUUGCCAGGAGAUGGGAAUCAUCACUUGGUGGAGAGUAGGAGACGACAUAGUACUAGUUCUGGUGCUGCUGGGAAGCAUGUUGGUGCAGGAGGAGUCGAAGAUGGAGGUGCAGGAGGAGUCGAACAAGAAGAUGGAGGUGCAGGAGGAGCCGAACAAGAAGAUGGAGGUGCAGGAGGAGCCGAACAAGUUGUUCAAGCAUUUCCUCACUCUACUAGCGAUUACCCGUAUGGUCAAAAGAACUCGUAUCUGAACUCAUCAGUGAAUCGCAAUUGGGUUCACCUUCUUAGGGAGACGCAAGCGGUGAUCACUAAGAAGAGAGCAUGCGGUGAUCAGGUUGCUCUGCAUGUAGAAGGUGGAACCCAAAAAGCACAGCAAGAAGCAGAAGCAUCGGGAAAAGGCCCUUGCCCAUGCGCCGGAAACCGAGAAACGACCUGCACGGUGUCGACAUGUGCGUCUCCGAGUGACGCAACAGGCGAAGGAAGGUUGACAACGCGAGAGGCAAGGUGUACCACGAAUACAUCAGGAUCAGCGACGCCUAUAGAGGGAGCUCAAAACGCCCAAAGAGAGUCUCCUGUUGAUCCCAGGUGUAGUCCUAGUCCGAUGCCUGAAAUGCAGAUGCGGAUCGGAAUCAGCGAGGACAAUAAUAAAGUUGGUGAUCGUCCUACUAGUUGUACAACAAGUAGCAGCGGAAGAAUAUCGACACAGGAUCAAGAAGUUAUAGGUGACGGUCUACCACUAAAAUUUGGCGAUCCAGCUGAUUCACCAUCCGAUUACGUCUUAGUACCAGCAUCAUCUGUGAUCGUCGGCUCAUCGUUUUCUUCAUCGUCCUCAUCAGCUUUCAAUUUCAAAAAGACUUCAAGAACUUCAUCUAGUUCUCUAGUAGGAGGAGGAAAGAAAAGUUUGAGUUCGAGUUCUACCUUGCAGCGACGAGGAAGCAGUCCCUCAGGAACAAGGAAAGGGCCCCGUAGUAGCAUUGGACCUCCCACACACUUGUAUUUCGGUCCAGGUGAGUACGUAGAACCAGAGCCUGAACUUCGCAGGCCACAGCCUGGCCACCCAGACGAAGAACUGGCCUUCCUCCAGAAGAGCAUACCUCCAGAGUUUCUGAACAAUAUGAAGUUGAGUAGAGUGGAACAAGAAGAAGAAAAGCCUUAUAUUAAGGCUCAACUCUGUUCAUUGGUCACCAUUUAGAUUGGAGUCACUGACAGCGACCCCUUGAGGGAACAGGGGCAACGAAGGGAACAAGGGGAAAGCUUUGAAGGAGGUCUCUUCCGUUCAGCAUCAGCCGACCCUUAAUGAUUGUCGACCUUUAAUGAUAGAUGUAGCAUGCGAAGUUUUGUUGCUGGUACAGGGAGGCGGUUUAAAGACACGCUGACAGGGUUCAGGGUUCGCGGCCGUAGGAAAUCGAAGAGGAUAAGCGUGCCUGAAGAUGAAGACAAUGACGAAAAUUUGUUUACAGAGGCUUGUCUGCUAGCAAGCUUCGAAAGAAAGGAGUUUAUGCUGGAAGGCGAAAACAAUGGAGGUUUUGCCAUCACUCAGGAGAAAGAGCUCAACUUCCCUAGGGAAAAGCGAUUUCUUAGGACGGUGUUGAGGUGGAGAAGUAGAAGGACUGAGAUUGAGGAAGCAACAGAUCAUGAGAAGAGUUAUGAUUAUAGUCAGCAAUUUUCCAUCAUUCUCGGCAUCUUGGACCCCUUUUCCCUUGUAUUCUCGUGAAAUACAAGGGAAAAGGGGUCAGGAUGAGGGGACCGAAAUGCAUUCUAGCACACGCUAAUAUGACGUAGAGCAGAGCUACGAGGAUACUCUUGGAGGAAAUAAGAAGGCCGAGGAAAACUCACUUGAAGAUGGUGCGGCUUCUGGAGGACUUGAGAAAGAGAGACUAUUGGCACCACCCGAAACACUUUCUUCAAAACAUCGAUGCGCUGGAGGUAAAACUAAAGCAGGUGGCCGCUACGACACUAUUUACGAAGGUGAAGAUGAAGAUGAGUCAACGACUUCCGCGGAAGAUGAAGUGGUAGCCAGUAGCCCUUUACGCAGGAGCAGAGCAGGAAGUAAGAUGGAACGACGAAGAACUAAAAGGAGAGAUAAGUCCGGUGGAGGUGGAGGUGUAGUGUUUGACAGCUAUGAAGAGGAUGAUCGAUCACCUCUGCUUGAUGACGAUGACCACAUGGCGCGCAAAGGAGACCACUAUGUGUGCGAAUUUGCGGAAGAUUUCGACGUCGACCAGGUUGGAGCUACAACGAGAAGAAACAAGAAGACAUCAUCAAAAUCAUCGUCGAAGCCAACAUCUCCAUCUGUAAAACCGUCGAAGAAGUCUUUCGCUUCCUCCUGUCGAACCUGUGUUGGCGAUUUCGUUGCGGGUAUCAUCCGCCUCAUCUUCCCCAAUUCUUUUACGAAGUCUUUACGACGAAAAAUCGAUCAAGUUCUUUCCGGAAUCUACCACCGAGUUGUACGAUAUUACGGUGCUUGGAUAUUGGCUUUCGCGAUUGUCAUCGAGUUGUGGUGCAGCUUCGCGUGGCCAAUGCUCAUCCUCACCUGUCUGAGUCUUUUAUCGCUUGCUUGGGGCACAGAUUUGAUGUUUGAUCGGGGAUUGCUGCUCCUGUUCGGUGGGUCGUGUUACGCACUAGCGGUUCUGCAUUAUUCGCACCAUUGGACGUGGGAGGAGCGCGCUGGGCCGCUAGCCAGGCUGAUUUUUGCUCCGUUGAGAUGAGUGUGAACCCGAACGUUAUGUACUUAUUCAAUUACGGUAAGGUUAUAUAUAAGGGUAAGACCACUAAGAGCUACGCGCCGCGUUUUAUCUUAUGGGUUUCCUUACAGCGCGUUUUCUUCUUGGUACGAGAGCGCUACGAGGCCAAUAAUUUUUGUCAUCUUUCUUCGGGAACACAAUGUAAAAUCCUUAAUCCUUACGGUUACACAUAAUAUGCUUUUUCCGUUUCAUUGUCAUAGUAUUUUUAAGGAAGUCAUCUGAUAACUUUUUUGUCUGCGCACUGUCUUAGUUUUUGUUAGAAGUAUCCACGGAUUCCGAUUUAGUUAAGUUCAGAAUCAGAAACUCCAAUAGAGUGAGUUGUACAUGUAGCAACUUUUUUAGUCGGUCGUGGUCAUCUUAAUGUCAAUUUCUAUUUUUGGUACAUCAUACCCGUCUUAUUUCGAGAACAAAGUCCUACUAUCAUUAUCUAUCUGCAGACGCAGGUGGGAUACGAUCCUAGAAGAUUGGCAUAUUCACAUUUCUUAGUCGAUGUUCUUACAUGAAGUAGUGCUACUAAUGAUUAACGUUGACGUAGUUCUAAGGGGAUGACCCUUGUAGUUUUGUCGAGAUGUGUCUCGUCCAGUAUGAUGAAUAAGAUCGCAUAUCUCAUAUCGAUAUCUCAUAUGCUACUGAGAAUUCUGAGGCCAAAAUUGGCAAACGCGAAAUAUAAACUCAAUCGUCUUUGGCUCGCGAGAAGCAAAGGGAAACGCAAACGGUAACGACCAGAUUAACA